AUGUAUAAACCGCAACCGCUGCGCAACCACGACGAGGACCCGGCACCGCUUAUCACACCAAGCCAUUACCCCCUAAGAUCUCCACUACAGCAACUGCAGCGGCGUGACAACCAGAAAUACAAUUGUAAUCUGACACUUGUGGAAUCCAUACCCAUUGGCCUGAACUUUACACCCGGCAGCCCGCAUUUCCCUAGCACCUUCGAUGCCUGGAAUCAGCUGUUGAAUCUGAGCAAAUCCACAUUAGACAUUGGCAGCUACUAUUGGACGCUGCGUGGUGAGGACACGGGCUUGAAUCACAGCACCGCUCAUCCAGGUGAACAGAUAUUCCAGCGUCUCCUAGCCAAUGGUGUGGGAGAUGGACCAAAGAUCAAAAUACGCAUAGCACAAAGCUCACCAUCGAGCGUCUCGCCCGAUCUGGAAACACAAAUCCUCGCUAGCUAUGGUGCCGCCGAAGUGGUUACCUUGGAUUUUCCCAAAUACCUGGGAGCGGGCAUCUUGCACACCAAACUGUGGAUAGUGGAUAAUGAGCAUUUCUAUUUGGGCAGCGCCAACAUGGAUUGGCGUGCUCUCACCCAGGUCAAGGAGCUGGGCGUGCUUGGCCGGAAUUGUCCGCAGCUAACCAGCGAUUUGGCCAAGAUCUUCAAGGCCUAUUGGUAUUUAGGCAGCAAUGAGAACGCACGCAUUCCAUCCUCCUGGCCCUAUGAUUAUGGUACCAACUAUAAUCUGGAGCAACCCAUGCUGCUGAAUGUGCUCAAGGAUGCCAACACAAACUAUACGAUGCAAGCAUUUGCUGCCAGCUCGCCGCCUCCGCUCUCUGCCACUGGACGCACUCAUGAUCUGACUGCCAUUCUGAACUCGAUCAAUUCGGCGCUGCAAUUUGUGCACAUCUCGGUCAUGGAUUAUUUCCCGCUCAUCAUCUUCGGACCGAAGCUACAGUAUUGGGCUGAGAUUGAUAAUGCGCUGCGCACAGCGGCCGUGGAACGUGGCGUCUCGGUGAAGCUGCUCAUCUCGUGGUGGAAGCACUCCGAUGCCAGCAUGGACAACUAUUUGCGCUCUCUGCAGGAUCUAUCCAUGACAAGUCGCCAACAUGUGGACAUUCAAAUUCGUCGCUUCAUUGUGCCCGCGGAUGAGGAUCAGAAGAAGAUUCCCUUUGGACGUGUGAAUCACAACAAAUACAUGGUCACCGAUCGCGUCGCCUACAUUGGCACCUCCAACUGGUCAGGAGAUUAUUUCACAACCACAGCCGGCAUUGGUUUGGUCUUUAAGGACACUCAACCAAGUGCUCCAGCAUCGCUGCGCAAUGAUCUUGUGAGCAUCUUUAAUCGCGACUGGAACAGCGCUUUUGCCAAAGAAUUGUCUUAGUGAUUUUACAACCUUCUAAAAUGGACUGCAACUGAAUGUGAAGAAUGAUGAUCAUCAUUAGCAGUAUUUUCGAUAAUAUUUAAUCAUUUGUAUUCACAGUUUUUUUAAUCAAGUUCUAUGCUUUUCACGUUUUCUUCUGCAAUUAUUAUCAUUGUAUAUAAUUCAAAUACUUUUUUUGUUUAAAUUUCUUCUGAGAUUUGUGGUCACAUCGUUGAUUUGAUUAUUUAACAUUAUUGUUGCCGCGUCGCAGAAAAUUGUUGCACGCAAUGCUCUUCUCAAUCACCGCAUUGAUAUCCGGCACACAUCUGGUCAGGCAGCAAUGAAUGAGCAUCAAGCAACGCGCAUCCAUGGCUGUAAAAUGAAGAGAAAAUCUUUCAAUAUCAAUUGGGAAUACUAAAAUGUCUUCAAAAGUUCCUUGUAAGGACGCUAAGCGAAAGGAUAUAAUACUACUUUAGUUAUUGUAAUACUAAAGUAUAAAUUAAUACUAUAGUCUAAAAUACUACAAUAGUAUAAAAUACUACUACAGUAUAAAAUACUACUACAGUAUAAAAUACUACUAUAGUAUAAAGUUCUACUAUAGUAUAAAGUACUACUAUAGUAUAAAGUACAGAAUAUAAUACUUCAACGGUAAUAUAAUACUACUACAGUAGUACAAUACUACUACAGAAAUAUAAUACCAUAUUAGUAUUUAACAGCCUCGAUAUAAAAUUUAUACUCUUAAAACCAUCUGACAGAUCCAUAACUGGAGGCACCUAACGAAAUUAUACUGUAACUACAAUUUAAAUGCUUAAAAUUCUUAUCAAUCGGAUUAAAGUUAUCAUAAAACUUAUUUUUUGGUACGAAAAUAAAGUAUAUCAAAUUAUA